AUGGCAGCAGUUGCAGCCCAUGGGGUCAGGUUCAAGGUGGGCAAGAAUCUGAGGGAAAUCCGCAGCCACUUGUGCCAACACUCAGUUAGCAGCCAAGAAGUGAGGGACUUCACUGAGAAAGACUAUGUGCAGCUGAAGAAGGCAAAUUGCAACAUUCCCAUCCUGAUCUGUGAAUGCUUCCAGGUGCAACCCAAGCUAUGGGUUUUCUAUGCUUUUGGCCAGAAGAAUGUCUCAUUGAAUAACCUUAUCAGUGAACAAAUGGCUACAGCUCUGGUGAAUGUGAUAAACAGCAAAGCUGAAGUCUCAGGAAAACAUUAA